AGGAAACUAUCGACAGUGGUGCACCGUGCUCCAACGUGGACGAAUCGUCGGGUCGUAGGACGAAGUGGUUCCCGUAGAACAGCAAAUUGUACGCGUACAAUGCCAGAGAACAAGGAGAGAGAACGAGAAGCGGGAGAAGAAGCAGAAGAAGAAGACGAGGAGGAAGAGAAACCCGUCGUUGCCAAGACAGCGAUCGACCUGCAACGAUUGAAGCUCCAAAAGUUAAUGAAAAAUCCGGAAAAGCCCGUGGUACUGCCCGAGAGGCCGAGACUCAAGAACACGCCUACAGUGCCGGAAUUCGUACGAAACGUGAUGGGUAGCAGUGCCGGUGCAGGCAGUGGAGAGUUUCACGUUUACAGACAUCUGAGGCGCAAAGAAUACGCGAGGCAAAAGUUCAUUCAAGAGAAGAGUCACAAGGAAAUCUUAGACGAAGAGUACCAUAAAAAAAUCGAAGAAAACAAAAGGAUGGCCGAAGAAGUAACGGCAAAGAGGAGGGCAAAGAGACUGAGAAAGAAGCAGAAAUGGAAGGAGAAAAAGCGGAUGAAAACUACCGACCAGAUUCCCCAGAAGUCUCGUACAUCGAACAAGGACGAGCAGCAACAGCUGGAGGAGGAGGAGGAAGUAGAGGACGGUAACUCGGACGAAAAAAGUUCAGACGACAACAGCAAUGGUCACGAAUCGACGGACAACGGACCGAAAAACGACGAACGAGCCAAGAGCACGUCAGAAUCGAACGAAUCCGAUAAGAAGGAGACCGACAGCAAACGAGUAUCAGCAGACGACGACGACGACGACGAAUCCAGGAAACGACGACAACGGUCAAACGGUCCACGGAUACACGGAACGAAGAGGGAACGGGGUACGAAGGAUUCGACCGAAGAACGAGCUCAACGAACCUGAUCGAGACACAACAAAUGUAUUUUCAUUUUAUAAAAUUGUACAUCGUUAAACCACGGUACUGUCUAAA